GGCGCGGGAGUCGUCCUCUCGCGGGCUGCGGUUGAGGAUGCGGUCCCCUUCCCUGCCUGUCGCGGCUCCUGGACAGGGCCUUCUGGGUUGGCCGGCCAGGGUCUGCUGUGUGUUCUCUGGGCCAUCCUGGGCCUCCAGUCUGGGGUCGCAGCCUCUCUGAGUCCCCUCCCUCUGGAGGGGCCACCCGCCCGCCCUAGCCUCCGGUCUUCCCGCUCUAAAGACACCUGCUCCACUAGACAGGGGGUGGCCCUGCUGUGGGCCGGGCGGCUUGGGGAUCCGCUGAGCGGUCCCCGGCCUGCCUGGCAUGACCCUCCGUCUCCCACCUCCACUGCUGGGCCUCACUUCCGCCGCUCGGAUCGAGCCUGCCUCCCACCACCUCUCCCCUGAGGAGCGGGCCCUGCUCUACGAGGAAGCUCUCUACACCGUCCUGCACCGUCUGGGGCAGCCUGAGCCCGGCCAUGUGCGCGAGACCUCGGAGCUCCUGUUGUACCUGCGGGAGGCCUUCCACGUGGAGCCCGAGGAGCACCAGGAGAUGCUACAGCGCGUCCAGAAGCUUGAGAAGCCAAUAUUUUGUCUGAAGGCAACCGUGAAACAAGCCAAGGGCAUUCUGGGCAAAGAUGUCAGUGGAUUCAGUGACCCCUACUGCCUGCUGGGCAUUGAGCAGGGGGUGAGCGUUCAGGGGGGCAGCCCUGGGUCCCGGCGUCGGCAGAAGGCUGUGGUGAGGCACACCAUCCCGGAGGAGCACACCCACCGCACCCAGGUCAUCGAGCAGACCCUCAACCCUGUCUGGGAGGAGACUUUCAUCCUGGAGUUUGAGGACAUAAACAGCUCGAGCUUCCAUCUGGACAUGUGGGACAUGGACGCGGUGGAGUCCGUCAGGCAGAAGCUCGGGGAGCUCACAGAUCUGCACGGGCUGCGAAGGAUCUUCAAGGAGGCUCGGAAGGACAAAGGCCAGGACGAUUUUCUGGGGAACAUCGUCGUGAGGCUACAGGACCUCCGCUGCCGAGAGGACCACUGGUACCCUCUGGAGCCCUGCACCGAGACCUACCCGGACCGCGGCCAGUGCCACCUCCAGUUCCAGUUCAUUCACAAGCGGAGAGCUCCGGCAGCCAGCCGCUCCCAGCCCAGCUACACGGUGCACCUGCACCUGCUCCAGCAGCUGGUGUCCCAUGAGGUCACCCGGCACCAGGCAGGCAGCACCUCCUGGGACGGGUCGCUGAGUCCCCAGGCUGCCACCAUCCUCUUUCUCCACGCGACACAGAAGGACCUCUCUGACUUCCACCAGUCCAUGGCGCAGUGGCUGGCUUACAGCAGGCUCUACCAGAGCCUGGAGUUCCCGAGCAGCUGCCUCCUGCACCCCAUCACCAGCAUCGAGUACCAGUGGAUCCAGGGCCGGCUCAAGGGAGAACAGCUGGAGGAGCUGGCCGCCUCGUUCAGCAGCCUGCUGGCCUACGGCCUCUCCCUCAUCCGCAAGUUCCGCUCUGUCUUCCCCCUGUCUAUGGCCGACUCCCCGGCCCGGCUGCAGUCUCUGCUCAGGGUCCUGGUACAGAUGUGCAAGAUGAAGGCCUUUGGAGAGCUGUGCCCUGACAGCGCCCCUCUGCCCCGGCUGGUGACCGAGACGCUCAGGACCGGCACCACCGAGUGGUUCCACCUGAAGCAGCAGCACCAUCAGCCCAUGGUGCAGGGCUUGCUGGAGGCAGGCAAAGCCCUGCUGAGCCUGGUACAGGACGUCAUCGGCGACCUACUGCAGUGCCGGCACACGUGGAACAAGAUCUUCCAGAACACGCUCAAGGUCGACCUCUUCUCCAUGGCUUUUGUGGAGCUUCAGUGGCUGGUGGCCAAGCAGGUACAGGACCACACAGCGGCGGUGGCGGGCAGCCCCGUGUCCCCGGAGAUGGGCGAGAGUCUAUUCCAGCUCUAUGUCAGCCUCAAGGAGCUCUACCAGCUGCGACCAGGCCCCACAGACAGGGAUGGAGUCCUGGCCCUGGAGGGCUUUCAGCGCUGGUUCCAGCCCGCCGUCCCUUCUUGGCUGCAGAAGACUUACAGCGUGGCCCUGGCGCGGGUGCAACGUGCCGUGCAGAUGGAUGAGCUGGUGCCCCUGGGUGAACUGACCAAGCACAGCACAUCUGCCGUGGACCUGUCCACCUGCUUCGCUCAGAUCAGCCACACUGCCCGGCAGCUGGACUGGCCCGACCCAGAGGAGGCCUUCAUGAUCACCGUCAAGUUUGUGGAGGACACCUGUCGGCUGGCUCUGGUCUACUGCAGCCUUAUAAAGGCCCGGGCCCGUGAGCUCUCGGCAGGCCAGAAGGACCAGGGCCAGGCAGCCAACAUGCUGUGCGUGGUGGUGAAUGACAUGGAGCAGCUGCGGCUGGUGAUCGGCAAGCUGCCCGCCCAGCUGGCCUGGGAGGCCCUGGAACAGCGCGUCGGGGCCGUGCUGGAGCAGGACCAGCUGCAGAACACGCUGCACGCCCAGCUGCAGGGCGCGCUGGCCGGGCUGGGCCACGAGAUCCGCACCGGCGUCCGCACCCUGGCGCAGCAGCUGGAGGUGGGCAUCGCCACGCACAUCCAGAAACUCGUGGGCGUCAAGGAGUCUGUCCUGCCUGAGGAUGCCAUUCUGCCCCUGAUGAAGUUUCUGGAGGUGAAGCUCUGCUACAUGAACACCAACUUGGUGCAGGAGAACUUCAGCAGUCUCCUGACCCUGCUCUGGACCCACACGCUCAAGGUGCUCACGGACGCGGCUGCCUCCCAGCGGAGCUGCCCCCUGGCCUCCAGCAGGCUGAAGAUUGCGCUGCAGAAUCUGGAGAUCUGCUUCUACGCAGAGGGCUGUGGCCUGCCACCCGCGGCGCUGCACACAGACGACUUCCAGGCUCUGCAGAGGGACCUGGAGCUGCAGGCGGCUUCCAGUCGGGAGCUCAUCCGGAAGUACUUCUGCAGCCGCAUCCAGCGCCAGGCGGAAACCACUUCUGAGGAGCUGGGGGCGGUCACAGUCAAGGCUUCCUACCGCGCCUCUGAGCAGAAGCUGCGUGUGGAACUGCUCAGCGCCUCCAGCCUGCUGCCCCUGGACUCCAACGGCUCCAGCGACCCCUUUGUCCAGCUGACCUUGGAGCCCAGGCACGAGUUCCCUGAGCUGGCCCCCCGGGAAACCCAAAAGCACAAGAAGGACCUUCACCCUCUGUUUGAUGAGACCUUUGAAUUCCUGGUGCCCGCUGAGCCAUGCCUGAAGGACGGAGCUUGCCUCCUGCUAACGGUGCUGGACCAUGACACGCUGGGGGCUGAUGACUUGGAAGGGGAGGCCUUUCUGCCACUGCGCUCGGUGCCAGGCCUGACCGGGACUGAGGAGCCUGGCGAGGUGCCUCAGACCCGCCUGCCCCUCACCUACCCUGCACUCAACGGGGAUCCCGUCCUGCAGCUGCUGGAGAGCCGGAAGGGUGAUCGGGAGGCCCAGGUGUUUGUGAGGCUGCGGCGGCAGCGGGCCAAGCAGGCCUCCCAGCACGCCCCAAGGCCAGGGCAGUAGCAGUGGAGGUUAGGGAUGGGGCUGCGUGCCCAGCAGGGGCCGGCUUUCCUGAAAGGUCUGGGUUCUCCCCACCCUAGUGCCAGCCCCCCAGCCUGGCCGAAUGCUCCAGAAGGACCCUGCAAGUCUGGGGAACCCCAGCGUGAAGAUCACCUCUGGUCCUUCUGCCAGAGCAGGGGCCUGUGGUGCUGGUGCCAGGACCCUGUUAGUAUUUAUCUUCCCUCCUUCCUGCCCUGAGGCCGCCUUCAGCAGUGGCCUCUGCCUUCUCUACCUGACAGACAGCAGCGCCGGGGGGGGGGGG